UCGUAACAAGUGAAUGUUUUUAUAACCAAAAUUAAAACUAGUGCAACUGUAUUGCUUCCAGGACAGUGCGCCCUCGUAAAUAGGGAAAAAUAGUGCGCGAGAGAAAAGAAAGAAACCAACUCAGUCCGUGAUAAACAUUCCGCAGAGAUUAUACAUUUCGCACUAGUGGAGUUGGCAGAACAGGAUGUGCUUCCGCCAAGUAUUUUACCGAUUGUUAUGUCUAUUCGGCAAACACUGCUAUGAAGACGGCCCAGGUUGCAGAUUUGAGACAAACUCUGGAGACUUGGGAUUCCUCCAACCUCUUCUUCUUAUUAGUGGAACCAACGAACUCCUCCAACCACUUCCUGAUGGAGGGUUUGUCUUCAAUUAUAAUGACAAGAUUGAUUUGGCCUGCACAAGCAACUUUGCUGAUUCUAUCAAAGGUAAAAGGGUUACAGCUUACUGCAAAGGAGGCAAACAAUUUUGUGUCCAGGGCAUAUACCGUAACAUUAGCGAAAUUCAAUGCACUUUGCCGGUUCAAGGAACCGCCCGCAAAACCACCAGAAAAUGCUAUAACAAUUCAACUAUUGCAGAAAUUGGCUUCUCCUUGGGUAGAACAUUCAUUACCACAAUAGAAGUCUGUUUUAAUCCUUCCAAAGCUAGUAGCUACUAUUCCCACUAUAGUAUAUACCCGGCGACUGUUAAUUUGCAGAGAAACUCAGGUCGGCCUCAAUUCGCUGAAGGCGACUUUUACGGGUUCAAUGUGUUCGAUUUCUACAACAUUGAAAACCAAGAAGUGGUUUUCCGUGACGUUGUCAGCCUCGGAAGAGAACAACCUGUCGUACUUAAUAAAACCCAAUCAUUGUGUCGAGGUCAUUUGGCAGCUAAGGCUGACUUCAUCCUUGGUCCAGCUCAAUUUGCAACUUUCUUUCUUAUCAAUACGGCUCCAUCUUGGAUAUGCAUCGACGGCGGAGGUUGGAUGAAAAUCGAAGACGACGUCAGGAAACUUGCUUAUAACAAAUCCUUGAACUUAGAACUUUACACCGGAACUUAUGACAUUUUAAAGCUACGUAAUGCAGGAAACCUUACCGAUUUAAGAGAAAUUUAUCUAAACGCUAACGAAAAAUUACUUCCAGUGCCAAGAUUCUUCUAUAAGGUCGUCAUUGACAAGGAUACUAGAAGAGGAAUUGUUUUAAUUAGGGUCAAUAAUCCUUUUUUGACUGCGAACUACAUCAGGGCGAAUGAAGUAAUCUGUCCAGAUGUGAGCAAUCAAAUUAAGUGGGUGAAAUUGGGAAAGAAUAUAUAUAAAGGAUACUCUUAUGCUUGCGAUGUUCACGAAUUCGUCGAAAGAGUUCCGCAUUUACCUUUUCUAAAUGUAACCGGCCUAUUAUAUUCAUAGAUAUAAGUUUGUCAA